UUUCUUUAGUUACAAUAAAAAAAUAGACUCAAUUGUGAGAUAUGACACAAAAAAAUUGACUAAAUAACUGAUAUACCUGUUAAAACAAAACUUACCAACGCAAGUCCUGACAUCGUUGAUUGUAAAGUUUGCACUGGGAACCCGAAGUCCCAAUCCAGCUUUAUCUCUGAAGAGAAGGGGAAUACCCAAACCGUGUUUUUGCAGAUUUUUGGGACUAAAUUUGAAUUUUAAUAAUGGCACCUUCUCACAAAGGACCAAGGAGUCUUGUUCACCUAGCAGAACUAACUUCUGAUUCGCAGCAGGCGAUUACCGAAUAUUUUUAUUCGAAACAAGAGGAUCAAAUUGUAGAAGAAUACCCAGAAUGGGAAAUUCCCGGGUCAAGUCCUGUGGCCGAAUUAAUGAGAGCUCGACGGGAAUUGGCCCAGGCUGAAAAUGAGUUGCAGGAAAAAUGUAUAGACCAAAAAACGAGAAGGAAGAACAUGGAUCAACAAUGGAGCGAAUUAAAGAGUAAGGAGCAAUCUCUUCGUCAAUCUUUUUUAAAAUUUAAUAAGCUUGUGAAAGAAAAUUGUGAGAAAAGGGAACGAGCUGAGAACAAAAUCAAGGAAGAACGCGAUCGUCAGGAAAGAAGACAGGAAUACAUAUAUGAACUAAUAAGCAAUCUAGAAAAAUUAGCAGCCACUCGGGAAAAAAUGAAGAGUUAUGUCAAUGAAUAUAAAAAAUACCAAACUUAUCUAGAGAGAGUUGUAAGAGAAACGAAUGAAUUUAAAUCAAUACCUGAAAUUUUUAAUCGAUACGAAACCUUGAUAGAAGCUAAGGAAGUACUUUCUGAAAGUCAAGAUCAGAGCCUUGCUGUCUUAGAGGAAGCUAGCACUAAUAUGCAUGAAAUGACCCAAACAAAAUCCAAAAUGUUGAUGGGCCUGAGCAACGAAUUGGCUCAACUUCAAGGAAGAUACGAUAGAGCAAAGGCUCUGGCCAUUAGAUGGGAAACUAUCGUUGCUCGAAUAAAAGCCACGGCAGCAGCAAAAAAUCUUGAAUUAACGCAAAUGCGGUCUUGUUGUUGGAAUAUUUACUUGCAGAUUUGCAAGAGAAAGGGGGUUCCAAUUGAGGUAGAUCGUAACGAUCACGAGCAGCAGCUUCUUCACAUCAAGCGCACAAUUUUAGAACUGAAGCGGAUCAUCAAAACGGCUAGAAAGAAAGCUAUCAAAGCUUCCCAGGCAGAAUAGGAUCGCAAUUUAUACACGGACAAUUGACACAAAAAAUCCUUGAUUAUAUGCUUUCUGGAUCAAAGCUCGGAAGUAUGUUGUUACCUUAGAUUGAUUGAUUAUCGACUGUAUCUCUCAGAAAAAUGUAUUGUCCUAGCGCCUAUUGUGAUAGGAAUGAC